AUGCCUCGCGCAAUCUUUGGUGUGCUCAUCGAGUGCGACCCGCUGAUCAAGUCGGGCAUCGUGGAGAUCGACAAGAAGCGCAACGACAUCAUCGUCGAGGACAUUGACGACGAGCACCUCGUCAUCAAGGAGAACAUGGUGGACUACCUCAAGGCUCAACUAGACGUUAAAUUUGCCCACGUCGAGGUCGGCGACGCCAGGAAGAGAAAGGGCAAAGGUGCGGAGGAGUACCGUUAG